UCUUAACACUCCCUCCCUCCCCAUCUCUCACUCUCGCUCUCACUCUCUCUCUCUCUCUCCUUUACUCUCUUUCUCCCUAGAGUCUCAAAAGCUUCCGGCAGGUGCAACCACCAUGGAAAUAUAUAGAAUCUCCAAAACCAUGCAGCAAAAUGACAUCGGAGUAGCAUAUAGAGAUUACACAAAACGACAAGCGUUUUGUAUUAACGACCACAUUGACAUCCUCAUAGAGGUCCUGAAGCGCCUAGACGGGGCCUCGCUCGGCGUGGCCGCCUGCGUGUGCCGACUCUGGUGCGCCCUCGCCCGCAACGACUCCCUAUGGGAGCACCUAUGCUUUCGCCACGUGUCGUCUCCACCGCCUCCUACAGUGCGGCCCGUGGUGGUGGCGCUCGGCGGGUAUAAGCGGCUCUACAUGGUCUGCGUCCGACCCGUGCUGAGUCGACUCGGCGGAGACUCGGGCGUGCUCCGACGCCGCAUCUGGACUCGGGACGAGGUCCAGCUCUCGCUCUCACUCUUCUGCGUCGAUUACUACGAGAGGCUUGGUAAGCUCGGUGGCGGUGGUGCUAGUGACGCCUCUGCAUCGUCUCUCAUGUUCCUCUGCAAGCCUGUGAACGUUUGAUAUGUUUGACUUUUUCUGAACUGUUGAUGAAAUAGCAAUAAAAGUUGAACUAAAAUAACAUCAACGAAUGUGGGUGGUAGUAGUACGUAGUAUUAUUUUUGUUAUUAUAUACAUAAUAUAUUCUGGAAAAAAAUAUUUAAUAAGAGAAAGUGAUGACGUGAUUAUUCUUUUUUUUAUUAGCGCUAUACCUAUUUUUGUUAAUUUGUAAGGAAACAUAUGAAGUUUAAAGUUUGACUACAGUUCCAUUUA